AUAAUUAAUCCGUAAUAUCGAGAUUAAAAAAAUUAGCUUUUUUUUUUCAUAAUAAUAAAAAUUAGCUAUUAAAUUAAAGUAAUGAAGAACAUCCAAAAGGGCAAAUUAGUCAAUCCACAAAAAUAAAACACAAUCAUUCCAAAUCACGGACUCCAUCCCCGUACUCAAGGUUAUUCAGUUUCUUUUACACACACACACACUCUCUCUCUCUCUCUCUCUCUCUCUCUCUCUCUCUCUCUCUUUCUCAAAUCCAAACUACACAGCGCUCUUUCUCUCCGUCUCUCUCUGCAACAAAUGGCGACCGCCAUGAAAAAGGUCGAGAAGAUCCGCCAGAUAGUCCGGCUAAAACAACUCGUGAUGCGCUGGAAGCUAACGAGUCUCCGCCGCCGCUCCGCCCUCUCCUACGACGACUCGGGCCCCUUCCCGUCCGGUUCGAACCGGCGCAUCCCCGCCGGUUUUCUUGCUGUCUACGUCGGAGCGGAGCGAAUCCGGUUCGUGAUCCAGGCCCGGUUCGUGAACCUCCCGGUUUUCGUCGGAUUACUAAAGAAGGCCGAGGAAGAGUUCGGGUUCGGGUGCAGCGGAGGCCUCGUGUUGCCUUGCGAGGUUGGGUUUUUCAAAGAGAUCUUGAGAUUUCUCGAGAGGGAUGAGAGCAAGUUUGGACGGCUGGGAUUGGAAGAGUUCUUGAAGAUGGUUUCUGAAGUUGGUUUUGAUUCUUGCAAGGAAUUGGCGUCCAAUGCUGCUGCUAAUUCCUCUUGCCAUGCCUUCACUCCUCUGUUGCAGAAAGCAAGGGGCUGAGGUGAAGUGUUCCAGAUCUUCUCAGCAAUGUUAGGUUCUAAAUCUGAACAUUUCUAAUGCCUUUGGUUUUUUUGGGAAAAGGUUUUUAGCUAUGCUUCCAAAUUCCAAUUAAUAGUGAUUAGGAAAUUGUAUAUGUUGGUGGGCACUGGGCACCAAAAUGUGAUGCCAUCCUUGAAAACCCAUCUUGAAAUUGUAGUACUUGCUUUGAGGGGGAUUUCAAUGCGAUGUAGUUGUUGAACUUCUCCUUUUUUUUCUUUUUUGUUUUUUUGGUUUCCUUCUCUUUUUCGAAGCAUCAAGUUGUUUCAAUGAUGCUGUUAGUUGAUGAUGAUGAAAUCUAGGAAUUGUGUUAGCAAGAAAUUGAAAUUUUCUUUGGAAUUAAUGGUAACUUUUAUGAUUAAUGUUGACUAUUUA